ACCUGUUCACCGCGAGAUGUCAUCGUUGUGAAAACACAAUUGCACCUGCUGGUCAUACUGGUUUUGAUGUUAAAUAAGGAUGACAUUAUUGGCAAUACAAAAAAUGUCGACGGCAUACUAAAUUUGAUCAAUCUACCUACGAUUGAACAAAGAACAAGAUUUUAUUUUAAACUGUACAAACAUAUUGUUUAAGUACUUCACAUAUACCACCUGGGCAUUACUAUUUACAUGGUGUACAUAUAAGAAUUAGAAUAUUAUUAAUCAAUGUAAAAAAUAUAAAAGUUAUUACCAAGUUAAACAACGAAUAUAAUAUUUAAAUAAUUUAAAAUUCUAACAUAUUCGUAACUAUUUUUUUUGGUUAUAUACUGACAUACGUAUUAUUGCGACGAAUCGUAUUUUUUUGCCAAACGCCUUAAAUAGCCGCCUCUUUUAAAUGUAGUAUACAUUUUCUAUUGUGAUCGUUGUAUCGUUGCGCAUUUCGAGAUGAGAACGUAUAGAAAUGUGUACUGAUCGCAUUUAAAAAAUCUGUCAUGUCUUUAAGUAUACGAUAGAAUGUCGUAUAAAUGAGACACUUUUUGGUACGUAAUCAAAGAACAUAAUUUUAUAAAACAGAUAGUUUUGUGAAAGAAACACUUGGAAUUUGUACAGCAGCUGAUGCAUGUAAAGAUGGCCAAGCUCAAUACAAACAAAUAGUGACCAGCGACGUGCUGGUUUUACAACUAGCUCUGCAUAUAAAAGACAGAUGCUAAAGAGAUUUUAAUUAAUGGUCUCUUAAAAAUGGCUUAUGAUCCACGUGAUAUAAAAUAUUCAUCUGAGAUUCAUAGUCAUCAACACAAUCAACCCAAUAUGACUGGGUAUACAUAUUCUGGGCAUCCUUCGCAUCAUGUCCAACAAACAGAUGAAAACAGAAAUGAGAAUACUUGUGGAAAUAAAGAAGCAUGUCCACAGAUAACACGCCAGUCUUCUGGAACACAGACCACUCAAAAAGUGGACGCAGCAACAAUGACAGAUCCUUUACAAAUAGAUUUUAAACUUACGUCUGAAUAUUUAGCACGUUGUUCUAAUACAUUAGGACUACCAUAUGUAAGUAAAUAUGAAGAACACGCAAAUAACUCGACUCACAAUUGUCAAGAAGUACGGCCAAAAAUCGAAUAUGAAGUUGAACCACAACAUAUCAAUGGUACUUUAGUCUAUCAUUGCCCAGAGUGUGCAUACCGAUUUGAAGAUCAAGAUGCGUUACACGAACAUCUUGAGGACCAUAGACAGCGACCUUAUAUCUGUGAUAUUUGUGGUGCAAGUUUAAAGCGCAAGGAACAUUUAGAUCGCCAUAAACAAGGUCACAAUAAAGAUAGGCCUUAUCAGUGUAGUAUGUGUUGUAAAGCAUUUAAACGAAAUGAGCAUCUCGCUCGUCACAUGAUUAUACACUCAGGUAGCAAAAAUCAAGUUUGUACAGAAUGUGGCAAAGCUUUUUAUAGAAAGGAUCAUUUGAAAAAACACUUACAAAGCCAUAAUAGUAGCAGAAGCAAAAAUCCAAACAGUUCUCAAAAUAAUCAGAAUAGUCAAAAUAAUGGUGACGAAGGAUUGAGUAAUUUUGCAAUGACAAUGAGGCAGGCUGGGCCACCUCCAUUUUCUAUUUUGCGAACUUAAUACAUUUUUACCCUGAUCUUAUGCUAAGAUCAUUUUAGAAUUUAGGCAAUUUAAAUGUAAGAGAUUGAUACAAUGAGCUUUGUUGGAUACAUUUUCAGGAAAUAUUGAAUAAUUGUUGACAGUUUCGAAUUUUGCAGUUAAUUAGUCAUCAAAUAUUACCUGCAAAUAGUGUAUAAUAUAAAACAGGCUCUAAGGUAUCCAUGCAGAUUUUAUAUUUCUCUUUUGAAUACGCUUCUAACAUGCACAAUGUUCUUGAAGUACCUGUUGAGAACAAUUCUUCAGAUCUAGAUUUAUUAAAUUAUUUUUCCCAGGUUUUGUAUUUUCGAUAAUAUUUAACAAGAAUUAAGGCAAUAAGGAAAGGAAAAAUUAAAUAUGAAUUGAUCUACUUUCUUUUGAGAAAGAUGUACAACAGUUUUUAAGUAUCUUCUUUUGUAGCAAAAAAAGAAAAUGAUGCAGAUAUUUUAUGAUGAAGAGACCAAAAUUCUUACUAUACCUAUAAUAUAUGAAGAAACUGUCUGUUUAUUAUUAUGAAUGUAAAAAAGGAGGAGGAAAUACAUAAUUUUUCGUUUCCUGCUAAAAUAACGGCAUCAACUUCUUGAAUAAUGUGCCUAAAGAAAAGAACAUAAUAUUUGCACAAAAUAGAGAAAAUAAUUGAAGUUAAUAAUUCAGCCUCAUAGUGACGUACUCUUAUUUCUAACAGGAAAGGAACAUUGCAAAUCGUAAUUUUCGAAAGAUAAUUUGUUUCAAAGAAAUGUAGGUUUGUUAGCAAUACAUCCUUUUUUCAAAUAAAAUAUUAUGAGUAUACAAUGUUGAAAAAAUAUUGCAUGGUUUAGACUGUUUUAAACGGUUAAAAGAACUACUAGGAAUCUGUCUGAUAAACAGUCUUUGCAGUGUUCCUUCAAACAUGGAACUGAGAUAGUAAUUAUUUCUUUAGCAGUAAUAUGCAGAUUAUUACCAAGAGAUGAAUACCGAGAACAAAAAUACGUUAACCAAUUAUUUAAUAUUUAUAGUUUAUAUGAUGCAUAUGGUUGCGUGUGUUAUUGUAUAUGUGUAUAUGUACAAAAGUGCGUAUAAUAUAUACUACAUGUUAUCAUAUUAUAUAUUAUAUAUUAUGCGCACAUUUACAUAUAAUAUUGUUACUUCGAUUUUUUCCUUGUAUAUUAUUUAUAUUUAUUAAGAAAACCGACCAUAUAUCGGCUUUAUUACGUA